AUGAGGUUCACGUCGCCAGUCUGCAUCCUCGGCCUCGCCGUCGCCGUCUUCAUGGCGGCGCACGCGGCCGCACAGGAGGAGUCGUGCGCGAACCCGGUAACUCUGUCGGCCGCCUGCCGGGGCGCGUCGGACACGCACCACGGCGUCGACUACGACCACUGCGUGCGCUCCCUCUCCACGGACCCGCGCAGCGGCGACGCCGCCGGCAUCCACGACUGGGCCAUCCUGGCCACCAAGCUCGCCAUCGACCACGCCGCCUCCACGGAGUCCAAGAUCUCCGACCUGGCCGAGCUGGAGUCCAUGGAGUCGGACCCCACGAAGAGCGCGCGGUACGAGCACUGCCUGGAGCGGUACGGCGGCGCGGCGGACCUGCUCCGGGACGCGCUGGACAACCUGCAGGCCGGGGUGUACGGCAAGGCCCUGGAACAGCUCAUGGCGUCGCUGGGCGCCUCGGAGAGCUGCGAGAACGCGUGGAAGGGCGCCGACAAAGGGAGCGUGCCGGUGGCGGCGCACGACAGGGAGUAUGGCCGGAUGGCGCACAUCGCCGUCGGCUUCACCCACGCCGCCGCGUGA